ACGCUUUGAUUUUUGCACGAUCGGUAUUUGAAAGCGUGGAACGCGAAGUUCCGUUGAAUGUUGUGAACGCCUAUUCGCUGCGUCUGAUCCGUGAUAUUGAAUCUGUUCUAUGCUUGUCCGAUCUGUAGAGGGAUACGUGAUUGGUUAACUUUAUUUUAAACGUACGUAUCGUAUACGCGUCUAUUGUCCGUUAGUAUUCAACGCGAGUGAAUAAAAUAAUUUUUAUCGGUAAUAAUAAGCGCAACGAUCGAGUAGGUUGCAUCACUUGUGAUGUGUGUUUAAAAAGGACGCCAUUGAUUUCACCGUAACGAUAUUUAUACUUGCGUAUUUAUCGUGAAUGUGUUUUAUUAAAGAUUGAAAUUAUUUUAUUUUAAAAUUAUGGAUUUAUUACCAGAACAUAAUUCGACGUUUUGGAAAAUUGGUAGAUUAAAAACGUUUGAAGAUUGGCCGUUUCAAUCUUCUGACAAUUCGUGCAAUCCCGAGCGAAUGGCUGCUGCUGGUUUUUAUGUAGUGGGUGGUAAGAAAGAACCCGAUUUGGUUGAAUGUUUUAUUUGUUCCAAACAACUUGAUAGUUGGGAUCCGGAUGAUGAUCCCUGGAAUGAACAUAUGAAACAUGAGUCGCAAUGUUCCUUUAUUAGAUUGGGAAAAUCGGAUGAGACUACUUGGACUGUGAAUGAAUUGUUCGAUUUGUUUAAAAGAUAUAUGGUUAAGGAAUGCAUGCACGAAUUGGACAAAGCUGUAACUAAGGCGAAAGAAGAAAGUACACGAUUGGUACGUGAAAUACCUCAUAUUUAUAAGAAAGUAAAGAAAGGAAAGAAAAUAAAAAAUUAAGAGUCUCUAAACUCUAAAAAAUAAGAAAUAAUAAAAUAGCGUUAUUUAUUUAUCCGAUGAUUAAUGAUGUGAUCUUUUGUUUUUUUUUUAAUUAAAUUUUAUAUUUUACAAAACAAAUAUAUGAAUAGGGUUUUCUUUCGACGAAGUUAUUUUCUUUUAUCUACGUUUAUUUUGUUUUAUUUUUAUUUUUAUUUAUUUAUUUAUUUUUUUUUUUUUUUUUUUUUUUCCCCCCCNCCCCCGUUUUUUCCAUUUUUGUUUUCUGUUGCGAACUAAGCGACGUUAUAUCGUGUGCUAAAGAUGGAAUUGAUAAUUCGUUUGAUAAUAAUCCGACAUUAACAAAAGUUAUUAAGCGAAGUGUAUAUAAGUGUGUAAGAUUAUAUCGCAUUAUGAUAAUUUAUAUCGUCUAUUUUUGUCAAACUUGGUUGAUUUUAUCGACGACGUGUUAAUCCUACUAUAUUAAAGGUAAGAGAGGAAUUAUCGUUGAUCUUAUAAUGGUAUCGAGGAAAAAGAUUAUGUAAUAUCUUGUAAUCGUAACGAUCGUUAUUUCGCAUAAUUUAUAAACCGUUGAUAUAUCUAUUAUAGAUUUAGAAAUAAACGUAAAUUCGUUACGCGAUGUCAUUUUUGACGAAACUGUUUUAAAAA